AUGAACGUCUUCAUACUAAUCUCACUCUUCGAUCAGUCUCCGUUCGCCCCGAGCGAUUAUGAGUUUUACCGUAAUGUCAUGGACUACGGUGCUACUGGUGAUGGCUCCACAGAUGAUACAGCAGCCAUCAACAGGGCCAUCUCUGACGGUAACCGAUGUGGUGAAAGUUGUGGAUCCACCUCUGUGCUGGGAGCUCUUGUCUACUUCCCUGCUGGUACUUAUGUAGUCAGCACUCCAAUCAUUCAGUACUACUACUCACAGUUUGUCGGUGAUCCCAAUGACAUGCCGGUCAUCAAGGGAUCCGAGAACUUCACUGGUAUUGCGCUGAUUGACACUGAUCCCUACAUCCCCGGCGGAAAUGGUGAUCAGUGGUAUAUCAACCAAAAUCAGUUUUACCGACAAAUCCGUAACUUUGAAUUUGAUUUGACUGCAAUGAAUUGGACCAACUAUGACGAUGGUCAGGAGUAUGUUCCUACUGGUCUUCAUUGGCAAGUUGCUCAGGCGACCUCCCUGCAAAAUCUCAAAUUCACCAUGCCUGUCUCUACAGCCACCGAGACAACCACUGCCGUGGGUAUCUUCAUGGAGAAUGGAUCUGGUGGUUUCCUCAGUGAUAUUGAGUUUACUGGAGGUAAUAUUGGUUUCCGUGCAGGAACUCAGCAAUACACUGCCCGAGAUCUCACUUUCACUUCUUGCUUGACGGGUAUCUCCAUGAUUUGGGAUUGGGGAUUUACUUGGAAAAAUCUCAACUUCCAGUCCGUUUGGGUGGCUUUUGAUUGUACAAGUAUUGGAGGUACUGAUAAUCAGGGAACUGGCUCAAUCUCCGUUCUUGAUUCAACCUUCGACUCUGUUCCCUACCCAAUUACCCUCCGUAAUGGUGGCCCAUACCCCGAUAUUCUUUUGGACAACUUUAACAGUCGAAAAGGUACCUCUGGAGAAAUCUACGUUACUUCCUGGGCAUAUGGAAAACGCUACACUUCUCUCACCGGCAAUGGAACUUCAACUUAUGGCUUGCUUGACCCGGCUCCUCAGAAGCCCGAAAGUCUGCUUGACCCCGAUGGAGACUACUUUGUGAAAUCCCGCCCCCAGUAUGAGACUUACGCUGCCUCCGACUUUAUUGUCGCAACUGCAAAUGGUGUUAGCAAUGACGCUACUGGAGAUCAAUCAUCUGCUAUCAACACGUUACUUAGCGAUAAUGUGGGCUCUCCAAUUUUCUUCCCGGCUGGUAUAUACCAGGUCCAGUCAACUGUUGAAAUUCCAGUUGGCUCCAUCAUUGUCGGAGAGGGUUGGUCACAGAUCAUGGGCACGGGUUCCUAUUUCGAAGACGAGCUCAACCCGCAAGUCAUGGUCAAGGUUGGUUCUCUGGGCGAUUCGGGAAUAAUUCAGAUCUCCGACAUGCUCUUCACAGUGAAGGGACCAACAGCUGGUGCGAUCUUGAUGGAGUGGAAUGUUCAUGAGUCUACUCAAGGAUCAGCUGCUAUGUGGGACUCUCAUUUCCGUGUGGGAGGUGCCAAUGGAACUGAUCUUCAAACGGGCGACUGUCCCAAGCUGACUGGAUCAGUCAAUAAAGACUGUAUGGCUGCUAGCAUGCUUCUUCAUCUCACCUCGGCAUCGUCGGGCUACUUUGAGAACAUCUGGGCAUGGGUCGCAGACCACGAUCUAGACGCAGGAUCAGGAAACUCUACCACCACGACAGCCACGCAAAUUGACAUUUACGUUGGGCGAGGUGUACUUGUCGAAUCUCAAGGUCCUGUGUGGUUCUAUGGCUGCGCCUCGGAGCACAGUAUUUUGUACCAGUACCAGUUGUCUGAAGCAAAAGAUAUCUUCAUGGGUCAUAUUCAGACCGAGACCCCGUAUUUUCAGGCUAGCCCAGAUGCGACUUCACCAUAUACCAUUGGUACCUUCGACUCCGACCCCACAUUUGAGGACUGCGCUUCGGGAUCAUCUUGCGCUGAGGCUUGGGCCUUGCAAAUUUUGAAUUCGGAGGAUGUGUUUAUUUACAGCGCUGGACUUUACAGUUUCUUCUCGAACUACGACCAAUCUUGUCUAGAUACUGAGGAUUGCCAGCAAUCUCUUGUUCAGACAAGUUAUACCCAAGGUCUUUGGCUGUACAAUCUUUUCACGAUCGGUGCGACACAAAUGAUUACCCCAGCAGGAGGUGUGAUUCCACCUACAUACCAAUCAGACAACGACGAUGGUUAUUCCACGGAGAUCAGUGCUUGGCUGGUUCUCGCGGAACAAGGUGCUGAUAUUGGAAGUUCUCUCAAUCCUGAAGUCGACGGUUCUGGUGUGGUUUAUAUUGAUCCAAUUAUCUUUGGCGAGCCUAAUCCUACAGUCCAAUGCUAUGAUCCUUGCACUCUGGUCAUGCCGUAUUCGACUCUUCCCGAUGGCGGCAGUGCAAUCUUCAAUUAUGGCCCCGCCACAGGCACGGUCACUAUCACUAUCACUGACACUGACAUUGUCACUGCCACUGCUACUGCCACUGCUACCAUCUCCGGCUCCGGCUCUGGUUCUAGUUCUGGUUCUGGUUCUGGUUCCGGUGGAGGUACAAGAGUUGUGACGGUCUCCACGGUUGUCACUCCUACACCAGAAACCAAAUCCGUUAUCAGUUUCUGGGAUGUGGUGAUUCCUUCUGGUCUAGGAACUUUGGUGUUCAACAUGACCAGCAGCUGGCAACCUCCUGCUCAAACAAUCUUCUACAGUGGCUAUACCGGCAUAUUCACACCCCCUGCGCAAUCCAGCAAUUACGGCGUACAGAUGACGACGGAGUCUGAGAACACAGUCUUGCCGACUACGGUAGUGACAUCAAAUGGGGUCACGCAGACUUGGUCUGAAGCCCAAGUCACCAGUUUGUCGGCCAUGAAGACUACCACUACGACCACAUCCUAUUUUACUGAGAACUCAGUGGGAACUCAAACCUCAACAACUACUUUGAUCCCUAUCAUCAUUCCCAUCAAUAGUGGAGGAUUUUACUGGUCACCUAUUCCCCUGCCAACUGAUCCUGCUUUCCCUUUUCCAAAGGCACCAGGUUUCCCUGACAUUCCAACUCCAGCCUGUUUCAAGUUUCUAGAUCUGUUCUCAAUUGAUUGUCCACCAAAUGAUAACAAAUCUCCACAAACAACUCAUUACACAAGGGGUGCAAACUCACCAACCUGCACCACUGGAUGUGGUCAUCUUCCCAGCUCCUCCGGCAGCUCUUCUUCCUCUUCUUCAUCAUGUACCACUCAGACAGUUACUUCCUGCCGGACCUACACUACUGCAACCCCUUACCAGACUGUUUGCGCUUCAUAUGAAGGUUGCGAGUGUGUUACAAAGACUGUAACGGACUACGAUGUUUCUUGUGGAUUAAGCACCUGUACCACAACUGCUUCCAGUGUUAAGACCGGCUGUUAUGUCACCGAGUCAGUCUCUACUACCGGCGAGUACUGUGUUGCAGGAGUGACGGUGGCAUCAACCGACGAUCAAGGCGAGAACGGCAUCUCUUCCGCUACCCAAACUGGAUCCUCUACAACGUAUGGUGAAUCAGUUGUAGUUGGUGGAAGCGUGUACACGCCAACUUCUGGAGAAAUUGUUGUUGGUGGAAACACGAUCUCUAUUCCCUCCAUCUCCUCAUUGGAAACAACAACAAUUGAUGGGACCACAGUGGUUCUCAUUCCCGAGUUUACUGCCGUUGCAGCAUCCACAACAAUCACUGACAUGCUCUCGGGCACCGUAGUCGUCCCUGGAGUGACUGCGGCUCCUACAACCGCAAGCAGUACCAGCACUACAGCGCCAGCAACCACAACCGGAACAUCCACCGGGACAGAGACAUAUACGGAAAUCUUCAUUAUCGCGUUUUCCGAAGAUGAUAGCGACUUAGAACCAUACAGCUGGGAGUAUUUUGCGCACGCAUGGGACGCAAGCUGGACGGCAUGUGAUGGAUUGGGCUCAUAUCCGCUUUCUAAUAGCGAUACACUCGCUAAUGAGCCUUAUCCCGAUGGUACUAUUGACAUUGGAGUCGACAUUCUCGGCAUGAGUGAUUGUGUUUACACAGGCACCAAGGACACCGUGGGUACGUUCACCUGCCCUGAUCUUUCGUUUACGGUGCAGUGCUACGCGUAUGGAGAUGAGAGCACUUCGACUUGCUAUGGAGAGUUGUCUCCAACAGAAAUCACUCCCGUGGUGUACUGCCCUUGGUAG